GUUAGCUUUGUGCUUACAAAAGAAGCGCCAAAUAAUUGGGAUCCACAUGGCUAUACGCGAUUAACUGUCUUUUGCCUAUUUGCCAUCUUUUUACACAAAAAAAGAUUUCAUUUUUUUCGCUCUCACUCUACAAUUCAACCUCCCCAAAUCCCAUUUCAGGUUGAAGCCAAUUUACAUCAAUCAUGGAUCGGCUAACCAGUGCUGCACGUCUCAUGAUAGUCUCAGAUCUUGACCAUACAAUGGUAGAUCAUCACGAUUCUGAGAACCUUUCUCUGCUUAGGUUCAAUGCUUUAUGGGAAGCCAAUUAUCGUGAUAACUCUUUGUUAGUGUUCUCUACUGGGAGAUCACCUACACUUUACAAGGAAUUAAGGAAAGAAAAGCCCAUGCUAACCCCAGAUAUUACAAUUAUGUCUGUGGGAACUGAAAUAACAUAUGGUAACGCUAUGGUGCCUGAUGAUGGUUGGGAAACAUUUCUGAAUAACAAGUGGGAUAGAAAGAUAGUAACAGAGGAGACGAGCAAGUUUCCUGAACUCAGUCUGCAGUCAGAAACAGAGCAGCGACCACACAAGGUCAGUUUCUAUGUUCAGAAAGAGAAAGCUCAAGAUAUAAUGAAAACUCUUUCCAAGCGCUUGGAAGAACGUGGGCUGGAUGUCAAAAUAAUUUACAGUGGAGGGAUGGAUCUAGAUAUAUUACCACAAGGUGCUGGCAAAGGACAAGCACUUGCAUAUCUGCUUAAGAAACUGAAGAGCGAGGGAAAAUUACCAAGCAACACCCUUGCCUGCGGUGACUCCGGGAAUGACGCUGAAUUAUUCAGUAUCCCAGAUGUGUAUGGUGUAAUGGUAGCUAAUGCGCAGGAGGAAUUACUGCAGUGGCAUGCUGCAAAUGCAAAAAAUAAUCCCAAAGUAAUUCAUGCAUCAGAGAGGUGUGCCGCCGGUAUCAUACAAGCCAUUCGUCAUUUCAAACUAGGUCCAAGUACCUCCCCAAGAGACGUUACGGAUUUGUCAGAUUGCAAGAUGGACAACUUUGUUCCUGCCUAUGAAGUUGUCAAAUUUUACCUGUUUUUUGAGAAAUGGAGGCGUGGAGAAAUUGAGCAUUCUGAGCAUUAUCUGUCAAACCUGAAAGCAGUGUGUAGACCAUCUGGUACUUUUGUUCACCCAUCUGGUGUUGAGAAAUCCCUUCAGGAAUGUGUAACUUCAUUCGGAACAUGUCAUGCUGACAAGCAGGGGAAACAAUAUCGUGUUUGGGUCGAUCAAGUUUUACCUUCACAGGUUGGUUCAGACUCAUGGUUAGUGAGUUUCAAGAAGUGGGAGCUCUCUGGUGAAGACAUGCGAUGCUGCAUAACCACAGUCCUAUUAAGUUCAAAGAAUAAGACUGUUGCAGACGGGCUCACUUGGACUCACGUACAUCAGACCUGGCUGCACGGUGAUGCAUCAAGUGACUCCGCAACCUGGUUCUUUUAGAUUGUCAUCUCAGUGUAUUAACUCUGAAAAUUCAGCACCCCUUUUACCAGUUCACACCCAGAAUAAACACAACUUAUAAACUAUAGUUGAUAAUCAAUGUACUAACUUUCUCCUUCUUUGAUAAUCAAUGUAUUGCCAUCUAAACCAGUGAAGAUGGCUUUAUAUUUUGUGUAGUAUAAAGAAGUAUAUUAGUAUCUAUAGUUGUUCUUGUAUUUGAUUCAGAAUUCAAGAUGAGAUUGUUGCAAAUUAUUGCAUAUUUAAGUU